AUGGCUUCUACAACAUUAUUUCGUCUCGAUCAACGAGUAUCUAUUGCCGGAAAAGGCAUAGGAACCAUUGCCUUUGUUGGCAAAACAGAAUUCGCUGAUGGUGAAUGGAUUGGCAUUAUUCUUGAUGAACCAAAAGGUAAAAACAAUGGCACUGUACAAAAGAAAGAUGGAACAAAUGUACGAUAUUUUACAUGUAAUGAUAAUCAUGGCCUUUAUGUCCGAGCUGGACAAAUUGAAUCUGUACUUAAUGAUUUACAACCUGAUCUAGCUCGAUCAGCAUCAAAUCAUUCAAUAAAGUCUCAAGGCAGUAGUACGGGAAGUAUUCCAGUACCAUCAAAUUCUGCAGUUCCAAAAUCCACGGGUUUGCCAUCUAAACAAAGUGGACUUCGAGCACCAACGCCCAGUGGAGCACCUAAACCUCCAGGACUUCAUGAUGAUACAGACCAAACAGGUCUCACUCGAACAGCUCAAUCAUCUACUGAUAUUUCAACUGCAGGAGUAACAGAGAGAAUAUCACCACCUAAAGAAGAUGUUAAACCAAAAUCUUCAACAUCGAUGCUACCACCACCACCUCCAGCACCAUCUUCAGCUGAACUAACUAACACCCGACGAACAUCGGUUAAUGCAACAUCUGACUCAUCUGAUUCUCAACAAGUGAUUAUAAGUCUUAAAAGUAAAAUAACUGAUCAAGAGGAACAAAUUCAAACAUUAAUAAAAAAACGUCGUGAUGAUCUUGAAAAACUUAAAGAACUUGAACGUACAAAACUUCAACUUGAUCAAUUACAAACUUAUAAACGCGAAGCACAAGAGCGUAUGAAAGAAUUAAAUGAUAAAUUACAACAACAAGAAAAUGAAUUAAAAGAUACUCGUGAAAAAUUUGCUGCAUAUCGUGAUGAAAUGGCUGAUACGGAAGUACGAAUUGAAUCACUUGCACUUGAUCUUGAAAUGGCUGAAGAAAAACUUGAAACUGUUACAGAGGAACACACAACAAUGAAAGAUAAACUUGAAGAAGUACAAUUAGAAUUAGAUGUUAUUAAAGGUGAAAUACAAUUAAAUGGAAAGGAUCAAGUAGCAAAUGGUAUACAACAAAAGAUCGAUGAUGAACGAACCAUUAAAAUGGAACAAGCAUUAAUUAAAUUACGUGAUUUAUCAUUAACUAAACAAUCAGAAAAUGAUACAUUGAAAAAACAAUGUGAAGCAUUAGAACAUAAAGUGAAAAUAUUAACAAAAGAAAAUGAAAAUGCUAAAACUGAUAUAACAACUAUGCAAGCAACAAUUGCUGAUCUAAAAGAACAGGUUGAUACAUGUCUUGGUGCUCAACAAAUGGUGGAUAUAUUAACAAAUAAAAAUCUUUCACUUGAAGAUCAAGUACGAGAAUUACAAGAAAGUGUUGAUAAUCUUGAAUCACUCUGUGAAAUGGAUAAAGAAAUGGAAGAAAAUGCUAAAGAAGUUGAAAAUGAACUUCGUGAAACUAUUGAUUUAUUACAAAAUCAAAUUCGAGAGAAAGAACGACAAGCUGAACAAUUACAAUUUACUAUUGGUGAUCAUGAACGAACAAUAUUAAAAUUUCGUGAAUCAGUUAAAAAUAUGCAAUUUCAAAAUGAACAAAGUAAAAAACAAAUUGAAAAAUAUGAUGAACAAUUAAAACUUGCUGGUUCUGCACAAUCAAGCGACUUUAAAGCUAAAAUUGUUGAAGCUAAAUCUUAUAGUGAAGUAAUUGAAAGUGAAAUAAAUAAACUUGAGGCAAAUAAUUUAACAAAACAUGUUCAUCUUUUAACAUUAUUUUUACCUGAACAAUUUCUUAAACGUGGUGCUGAUCAUGAUUGUAUUCUUGCUCUUGUACUUAUUCAUCGUUUAAUAUCAAAAUGUGAUUUAUUAAUAAAUGAAAUACAUAAAAAAUUCGAAAGAAUUGAUGAAUUAAACUUCGAUGAUGUUGCGAAAUCACAUCGUGCUGAACAAUGGAGUUUUGCUUGUAAACUUUCGCAAUCAUUAUCAAUAUUUCGUAUGAUUCUUAAAAAAUUUGUUAAAGCAAUGGAAACAUGUAAUCCAGAUAGUCUUCGUCAUUUGGCUACAACUUAUCAUGAUUUAUUAACACAUGAAAAAUCUCUAGAUUUUCUUAUUGAUCUAUUACAAAAAGAUCAAUUACAUGAUUCUUUAUCAUUAAAUGCAUUAGAUAAAACAAUAUCAUUUUUUGAACAUAUCUAUAAAAGUCAUCUAAGCCAAGAGAAAUUUCCAAUGUCAACUUAUAUGAGAGAUUUGGCAUCGGUUGUAUUAUUAAGUAGUGAUGCACUUCAAACUGAUAUUCGACGUAUACAACUUGUACAAAAGGAAUAUGACGAGCCUGGUAGUGAUCAAAGUCCAUUUUCUAUCCUUGUCAGACGUCUUAUUGAAAGCAAUGAACAAAUGCGAGCUCAAGCCGGCAAAAUAAAUCGUCUUGUACCACAAGAAGAUAAUACAAAUCGUUCAUUAAUGCUCGAUUCAAAUACAAUCUCUUCAGUUGAAUUAUCUAUUCGUAAUUUAGAUCGUUUAGCAAAAACAUUUCAUGAAAUAUGUUCAGGUUUAACAACGCAAAUGCUUAUGCUUUCUGAUGCUAAUGAACGAAUAAGUCCACAAGAGAUUGAAAGUAUUGCUUAUCAAGCAUGUGAUAAAGUCUAUAAAAAAGAAGAUAGUGGUCCAUAUGAAAGUCUUCGAGAUUCAAUGAAUGAGAUUAUUUCAACUUUAACAACCAUAAGUAGUUCAUUAGAAACAGGUGUAUAUGAUUCAACAUCAAAUGAACAAAAUUUAAAACAAACAGUAUAUUUAAUUGCUGAACAACUUAAAACAUCGAUGAGUGAAUCGGAUUCAAUUCGUGGUCGACUUGAAUUAAAAGAAGAAGAAUUACUAGAUAUUAAAAAAAUGCUUAAAUUAAAACAUGAUGAAUUAAGUGAAUUAAAUAUUCGUUUAUCAUUAAAUGAGAAGAAAAUUGAAAAUUUACAAAAAGAAUUAGAAGAAAAAGAUAGUAAAUAUAAACAGACAUUAGAAGAAUCAAGAGUUGAUGGACAAAAAAAGAUCAAACAAUGUGAAGAAGCAAUGGCAGUUUUACAAAAUGAUAAUGAACAACUUGAACGAGAAAAAAGUGAAUUAAAAGAACGAUUGAAACAAUUAACAAAAAAUAAACUUGUCGAUGAUUUAAUGCAAAAUAAAAUGGGUCGACCAUCAAGAACAUCUGGAUUACUAAGUCCAACAGUUGAUGAACGAACUUCUCCACAACGUCAAUUAUCAUCAGCAUCGACUACUAGUGAAGGAAAUGUAACAUCACCAGCUAGUGAACAAGAAGUAACCGCACUUCGUAAUACUGUUCGUCAUUUAAAGGAUGAAUUAUGGCAUAUAAAAAUGAGUCGAACAUCAGCUGAUUUAGCUAAACUUGAAACACCAAUAACAGCUGCAAAUACAAAUGAAAUAGCUGAUAUUUAUAAAAGUUCAACAUUACUUCUAAAUGAUCUUUUUUCAUCAAUUGCUAGUUAUAAAAUAACUGGUGACAAUGUAGCUGCUAAACAAGAAAUUAUGCGUUCAAAAAUGAAAUUAGUUGAUCAAACAGCAUUUAAUCUUAAUAAUCGUCUGAAUCAAUGUCAAAGUAAUGUUCUUCCAGGCUCGACAAUUCAAACAUCAAUGAAAACAUUUUCUAAUCCACAAUUUUCAAAAUCUCUUGCUCAAGAUCGACAAUUAGCAGCUGAAAUUUAUUUACCAGGUGGUGGUAAUGGCGGCGAAUUCAAUAUAACUCAAGAUCAAUAUCGUACAAUAAUGCGUGAAGCUAUUGGUUGCAACUAA